GAUUCAGUUAUUAUUUGAUUUAUGCGGUCUUGCUGCUGCCCUUGCUCUGACCCUUGGGACGGCUGUGUGGGAAGUUUGUGUCUUAGAUAGAGUGAAGCGCUUCUCUGUGAAGUGUGGGGAGCCAAAGAGAAUCCAAAGAAACUGAUAAAUGCAGAAAGGCUUGCUUGACUUCAGAUACAAUUACUGGAUGCACCCCAAAAGAGGAACGACAGAACAGUGUGCCACAGAGAGUUUGCUUUUGAAAGCACAGAAUACCCCAGACUGAAUGAAGCAGUGGGAACUGGAACAGAGCAUGGCAAAUGCCUUUGUGACAGUCCCUGAUGGGUACUGUCUUAGUGAGCAAAUUCAGUAUUAUGACAUUUUACCAGAGCACAUCAGUUACCCGUUGCAAGACCUUGACUUCCAGAAUGCUCCCUAUUGCCAAUAUUCAACCGUUCAGUUUCCUCCAGUGCUACAGACACCAUCUUCCCAGUCUCAGUACAGUGCAUACAACUUGGACUCUCAAUACACUGAUGGACAGUGCAUCAUUAACAGCUGUGAACUCACGAAGCCCACCUUCAUGGGCGGCCAUAAUGAUGAGAGUAGCUAUCCUGGACAGAAAAGACCCAGGCUUAGUCACUCCUCCUUGAGAAUAAAGGGACAAGAAGAGCUCUGUGUGGUAUGCGGGGACAAGGCUUCAGGAUAUCAUUACAACGCACUCACUUGUGAAGGCUGCAAAGGAUUUUUCCGACGCAGCAUCACAAAAAAUGCAAUCUACAGAUGCAAGAAUGGUGGUCACUGUGAAAUGGAUAUGUAUAUGAGGAGAAAAUGUCAGGAGUGUCGCCUCAAGAAGUGUAAAGCUGUGGGAAUGCUUGCUGAAUGUCUAUUGACAGAAGUCCAGUGUAAAUCAAAGCGACUGAGAAAGAAGAGCAGCUUCCUAUGUAACAUCAAAAUGGAAGAUGAAGGACUGGACAACAAACAACAUGUAUCCUCUACCACCAAACCUUUAAAAGUCCAGGAAAAGUUGGAAUUUACUCCUGGGGAACAUCAGCUCAUUGAUCAUAUUGUCGCUGCUCAUCAAAAAUGCACAAUUCCCCUGGAGGAAGCAAAGAAGUUUUUACAGGAAACUACCAAUCCUGAAGAGAACUUUCUACGACUUUCAGAAUCAGCUGUGAUUCAUGUGCAGGUAUUAGUGGAUUUUACAAAACGACUCCCAGGAUUUGAAAACUUAGCCAAUGAUGACCAGAUUGCACUGUUGAAAGGCUCCACAAUUGAAGCAAUGUUUUUACGUUCCGCCCAGAUAUACAAUGAGCAAGCAAUUGAAUGUCAGUCAUCAUUCAAUUCAGGCCAUGUAAAACUUUCUCAGCAUAAUGUAUGUGGUCAAGAAAGAAAUACAGUUUACUCCAUAGAAAUGCCUCAUUUGGAAGAAAGUCCAACAUCAACUACUACAACAGGUAUCACUGAAGAAUUUAUUACUGCACUGUUUUACUUCUACAGAAGCAUGGGAGAACUUAAUGUGACUGAGACAGAGUAUGCUCUGCUUGUUGCAACUACUGUAUUUUUUUCAGAUCGUCCAUUUCUAAAAAACAAACAACAUGUGGAAAAACUUCAGGAGCCAUUUUUAGGAAUUCUAUACAAGUAUUCAAAAAUGUAUCACCCUGAAGAGCCACAACAUUUUGCCCGUCUCAUAGGGCGGCUCACUGAACUCAGAACCCUCAAUCACAACCACUCAGAAGUGCUAGUAACUUGGAGAACAAGGGAUCCCAAGCUAACCUCUUUACUUUGUGAAAUUUGGGACUUGCAAUAAACAAUUUACUAAUUGCUUAAAUAGUUAUCCAAGAAAAAACAUACUCUUUCCCAACUUGGUUUUCCAUAUUAAACACCUCAUUUAUGUUAAAUGAGUACAGAUUCUCCUAAAAUACUGGACAGUAAUGAUUAUUACAAACAUAUCUUUGCAAAAAAUGUUUACAGUUGAAAAAUGUGAGAACAUAUGCAAUCUAGUCAACUUUAUUGCUGUACUGAUGAAACAAGUGUGGAAGACACAUUUAACAUGCUAGGAGCCUAGAUUCUGUUGUAGCUUUUAAAAUGUCCUGUUAGUGAUACUUUGUGCCCAGGAAGGCUCCCAACAGGAAUGAGAAGAAGAGGCAGGAAAUCCUGCAUACAGAGCAGAACCUGAGAGAAAGUGCGGAGACAGAAGUGUGUGUGGUAGGAACAGAGUUUGCUCCCAACUCAGUAUGAUAGAUAUCAUACUUCAUCAUUACAAAUAAAGUAUCAGAAAGAACAGAGGCCUGCAUGUAGAUUCAUGGUCUCCUAGUGCUCAAGAAACACACACAGGCUUGAUUAGACAUUGUGUCUUCUUUAAACAUCCUAAAAAAGAUUUAGAGUAUAUAUUACAUCAGUGUCUUCAGGUGGAUACUGGUCAAUUAGAUGCUUCUAUUUUAGACACGUGGCAUGUCAGAAUUUGUUUCUUGAACCCGUGUAGUUCCCAUCACAUCCACUCUUCUCCAACAAACCUGUUUUGUUUUUGUUUUUUUGCUGCCAAGUCACAGCUGACUUAUGGUGACUAUGGUUUUCAAGGCAAGAGAUGUUUGGAGGUGGUUGCCAUUUUCCCAUCAAAAUACUAUACUUCUUUUAACAUAAAGAAUGAAGUGCAGUCCUGCACUUUUUGGUGGAAGUCACAGCAGGGUGAUUUCACUUUUUAAAGAAGGGCAGAUUCUCUCACAGCAUUUUAAAAUGUUAUUUGAAUGCCUCUUGCAUCUAAACCAUUCAAAUCUGCACUGUUAAACUUAGUACUUUAAUAAAAUAGCAUGCAGCUCUCCCCGGAUGGCUGUUAGCAAGACUUGGCUUUUCUGUAAAGUUGUGCUUGCCAUUUUCUUUCCCGUUCCUGCUGUGGGAAAGAACAUGGCAGAUGCAACUUUCCAAAAAAGUCAAGUCUUGUUAGCAGCUGUUCAGGGCUAUAUAAAUACUAUUUUAUCAAAGUGCUAAGUUGAACAGUGUGGAUAAUAAUGGUUUAUACACAAGUAGUGCUGAAAUAACAUUUUAAAAUGCUGCAAGAGAUUUGGAAAGGGUGGGAGGAGAGAAGGUAAGCACUAGGACCUGGUGGAGCAUUCGAGCAGAAAAGAGGUCCAGGAAGAUGAGGUGAUUUAUCCGCACAUCUCCUUGGUUCUUUAUGUUGUAAAGUGUAUGGUCAGGGUGAGGACUGAGAGUGUGUGACUGAACCAAAGUCACUCAGCAAGCUUCAAUAAUGCAAAAGCAGAUUUGAACCUGGGUUUCUCAGAUCUUAGUUUGAAACCUUAACUACUUCACCUUACUGGCUCUCACAACAAAUGUGUAUAUUGGCAAGAAAUUUAAAAUGUAUUAACAUUAUUUAAUUUCUGUGGAUUAUUUAGAUAAAAACAAUUAUGUAAUAUAAUUAAUUUCCCCAUUGACAAGAAUUUUUAAAAGGAAACAUACAGUACGUAAAGAAAAAUCAGUGAAAAUGAAAUGACUUGUGACUACCAGUGCAAUUUUUGCAGUUACUCCCUUCUAAGCCCAUUGAGUUCAAUGGACUUAGGUGUAACUGUUUAGAAUUGCAUUGUGACUUUACAACGGACAUAGUACAAUGUAUGUUGUUUAUUCAGCUUUGCAUUAUCAACCAUAAAUAAUAUUUUGGGAUGUAGCCCCAAUCUGAUUUCCCCAUCACUGUCCAUUACAAGAAUUUUCUGAUAUUCAGACAAUAUCGCUAAUUCAACCACAUGUAAAAUAAGGUAUAAAAUGUUGCUGUUUUCAUAGUGGUAAUGUUAGUAUUGAAUUAACAAUUAUUCUUUAUAUCUGAAUAAAUAUAAUGUAAAUAGGAUUUCAAUACAUGAAAUAUACCUUUUGUAUAGUGCUAUAUUUUAGACACAUAUUUAAAUGGAAUAAAUGUACUAUUAACCUGGUCUUGAGCUGCAAAAAAACCCCUAUUUUGGUAUAUAUGUAUACAUACACCAGAAACAAAGAUCUUUAUCACUAAACUGUGGUUGCUAGUAUGCAGUAUUAUGGUCCUGUGUUUUAAAGUCUAAUCACAAUCUGUGGAAAAUCUGAACAAGAAAAAAAUCUCAAAAUUAAAUUGAAGAGGAAAUUCAGACCAUUAAAAAUUAUUGGUGCAUCAAGCCUGUUUCUAAA